CACUGCCUUAAGCUCCCCGAGCUGCCCCCGCACUCUUCCCAGAACUGACGGAGACUUCCCUUACGGUCCUCGGCAUGGGGGAGCCCGAGAUUCUGGUGCCCGAUUCGGGUGCUGUGUUUACAUUUGGAAAAACUAAAUUUGCUGAAAACAUGCCCAGUAAAUUCUGGUUUAAACAUGACAUACCUACAUAUCUCUCAUGUGGAGAUGAACAUACUGCUAUUGUUACAGGAAAUAAUAAAUUGUACAUGUUUGGCAGUAACAACUGGGGUCAGUUAGGAUUAGGAUCAAAGUCAACCAUCAGCAAGCCAACGUGUGUCAAAGCUCUUAAACCUGAAAAAGUAAAACUUGCUGCCUGUGGAAGGAACCACACCCUAGUUUCAACAGAAGGAGGCAGUGUAUAUGCAGCUGGAGGAAAUAAUGAAGGGCAAUUAGGACUUGGUGACACUGAAGAGAGAAACACCUUUCAUCGAAUUAGCUUUUUUACAUCCCAGCAUAAUAUUAAACAGCUUUCUGCUGGAUCUAACACGUCAGCUGCCCUAACUGAGGAUGGAAUACUUUUUAUGUGGGGUGACAAUUCUGAAGGGCAAAUUGGUUUAAAAAAUAUGAGUAAUGUGUGUGUGCCUCAUCAAGUGACUAUUGGGAAACCGAUCUCCUGGAUCUCUUGUGGAUAUUACCAUUCAGCUUUUGUAACAAUGGAUGGCGAGCUGUACACAUUUGGAGAACCUGAGAAUGGAAAGUUAGGUCUUCCCAGUCAGAUGCUAAUCAAUCACAGAAUACCCCAGCUGGUGGCUAAAAUUCCUGAGAAGGUGAUCCAAGUAGCUUGUGGUGGAGGGCAUACUGUAGUUCUCACAGAGAAAACUGUGUAUACCUUUGGGCUAGGGCAGUUUGGUCAGCUGGGCCUUGGCACAUUUCUUUUUGAAACUUCAGAACCCAAAGUCAUUGCAAAUAUGAAGGACCAGAGAGUAAGUUAUAUUGCCUGUGGAGAAAAUCACACAGCUUUGAUAACAGAUGUAGGCCUUAUGUAUACUUUUGGAGAUGGCCGACAUGGAAAAUUAGGACUUGGACUGGAGAAUUUUACCAAUCAAUUCUUUCCAACUUUGUGCUCUAAUUUUUUGAAAUUUACAGUUCAUUUGGUUGCCUGUGGUGGAUGUCACAUGCUAGUUUUUGCCACUCCACGGCUCAAUAUAUCAGGAGAAGUUGAAUUUGAUGAAAUAAGUGAUUCUUCCUCACCUGCAGCUAAUUCUCUGUCCACCACUGAUCUGACCUCAGGAAAUUUACUGCAUAGAACUUUAUCAGCACGUCUGCGGCGAAGAGAGCGGGAGAAAUCCCCAGAAUCUAUUCACAUGGUUCGAACACUACCUCCAUUAGAGGAGACUGCCUCAGUACCUUAUUUUUCCCCUUCUUCAAUCUCUUUCCCUGUGCCUAUUAAUUACCUCUCAGAGAAAUGCACCUCUGACUUCACGGAGCCACUGGAUCCAGACUUUUUUCAAGAUAACAUGACCAAAGAGAAAGAGACAGAAAAUUCUUCAGCAGCAGAUUCAGAAAGCCUUGAAGAAACUAAUGAUAUCUUAAAUAUGACACAUAUGAUGAACCUGAAUUCUGAUGACAAGUCAUUAACAUUUUCGCCAAUUCAAAAACAAAAGAAACAAGAAGCAGUUGACCAAUUGAUUCAGCAUGCAGCUUGUACUGAAAAUGAUGAUGAUAGUAAUGAAUAUGAAUAUGAAGAGGUAUCAAAAAUGAAAGAAGGGAAAGCAUAUAAGGAACAGGUAGAUGAAGGGAUCUUCAUGAUGCAAGCAGCUAAGACUAUGGAAACGUUUACAGAUGAGGAAGUAGAUAAUGACUCAGACCAGGAGGACCCUGAGGCCAACAUCAAUGAAGAGGGCUUGCAAAAAGAGAUAUUUAGACAUGAGAGUAAAAGUGAGGUUGAUGAACUUGAUACUAAGGACACAGAAAAGGAAAGUGAUGGAGAAGAAAUAGUGUCUGAGAAGAAAACUGAGCUGAUGGAAAUGGCAGGUCUGAAAGAUAUACAAGAAAGAAAAGAGAAUAUAGAAUGUUUACCAUAUGAUAUGUUCUUUGAUGAGUUACCAGAAAAAGAUGUGAAUUUUGAGGAUGAAGACGACAAAGGCUUUACUCAGGAAAGGAAAAGUAGGCAGCAAGAUAUGAUCUUUGACCCUGAAAGAGAAUUGAUAGAAGAGCCAGACAGUUACAUGGAAUGUGAAAGCCAGAGACAGAUGGGUACAGCCGACAUAUUGGAUCAGCCCGAGUCAAUAGAAUUUGAUAGUGAAGAGAAAGAGGAUGAACUGGAAACUGAUCAUCACAUGUGGUUCAGCAGAAAAUAUGUCGAACAAGGACUCGAGACUGAACCCAGAGUAUCCAGAUUCAUGACAAAAUAUGAUUAUAAAUGUGACCACUUGUCAGAGAUACCAGAGGAGCAGGAAGGAACAGAGGAUUCAGAAGGAAGUGGAAUAGAGGAGCAAGUGGUAGAGGCACAUAAGGAAAAUGUGGAGGUGGAAGGAGAAACAAAGGAGGAGGAAGCAGGAACCCUGUCAGAUGACCUUUCAAACAGAGCAGAGAAUGAGGAAUCUUCAGAAACUGAAACAGAAUCAGAAGACAUUAAUAAGGAUAUUAAUGACAAAUAUCUGACGGAAGAAAAGAAAUCUGUAGGAAGUGAUGAGAGUAUUUCUGCAGAUGACCAUGGUGAAACAGAGAAGUUGAACAGUAUCCAUGACAGCCCAGCUGCAGUUGAUACAGAGGAGAAAAAAGUCAACCUAGAGGAACGGGCCAUUCGUGAAUACAAUGAAAAUCCAAAAGGAUGGGUGUAUGAUCGUGCAAAGAGCAGUUCUUCAGAAGCUUCGGAAGUUAGUGAAUCAACACCAAAUAAGGAUACUAAAAAAACCAAAAAGAUUUUCCUCUUUAAGCGGAUGUCAUUGACAGGUCAGAAAAUUACGCAGAAUAAUAGUGAGCCACUCCCAGAGAUAAAACCAAUAGGAGAUCAAAUAGCUUUACAAAGCAAUAAGAAAGAUGCAAACCAGAACCACAUGGGACAAAACCUUCAGGAUACUUCACCAACUAUGGAGGCAAAGUCAAAAUCCUGUACAAUACUAUAAAUAUACAUUUAUGUUUUCAUGAUCACUGAGCACAUUCAUAAUUUAUACUUGAAAAAAUGGUAUGACUUCUGAAGGAAAUUUUCUGAUAAAAGACUUUUAAAAAUAUAAGUUAAUAUGUUUGGACCUGUUUAAAUAG